AUGAUCUUCCUCGGCACUGGUUCUGUCCUCGCAUAUGCCUUCAACGCAGCUUUCCAGCACGUCUCUCACGGCUGGAGAUACAUGAUCACGACUAAGAUAUUGUCUAUCGAGACGGGUGUCGCACAGGCUAAGGCACUGGAGGAAGAGAUGACAGUCACCAGAUCGCUCAAGACCCUCUUCUUCGUACCAUCCAAUCUGCGCUCCGCUACCACUGCCUGCGGCAUAAUGCUCUUCCAACAGAUGUGCGGCUUCAAUACGUUAAUGUACUUUUCUUCGACACUCUUCGAUAUCGUCGGCUUUUCCGAUCCCAUCGCUGUUGGGACAGUCGUUGCUGGGGUCAACUGGAUUUUUACUGUCCUCUCCAUCUUCCUCAUCGAUCGCAUCGGUCGCCGUAGGCUACUACUUUGGACGAUGUGGGGAAUGCCAGUAUGUCUCGUCCUGGCGGCAGUGGUAUUCAACUACAUUCCCUUCGACACCAGGAUUCUGCAGCUGACCAACGACGAAAUCGGCUGGCCAGCAUAUAUCAUUCUGGUAGCUACGAUCUUGUUCGUGGCUUUCUAUGCCGCUGGCCUGGGAUGCGUACCCUGGCAGGCGAACGAGUUCCCUGCUAUGGAAGUCAGAAGCAUGGGUACCAUGUUCAUGAACAUGUUUGUGUGGGGACCUAACAUCAUCGUAUCUUCCGCUUUCCUCACUAUGAUGAAGAGUAUCACUCCAUCAGGAACCUUCGGCUUCUACGCAGCAAUGUGCUUCUUUAGAUGUAUGUUUGUCUACUUUUGCUUUCCUGAAGCCAGUAACAUGAGCCUGGAGGAGGUGCGGGCGGUCUUUCAGCACGGUUUCGGAGUCAAGUAUGCCGAGGAAUGGCGCAAGCAACACAAGACAAAUGAGAGGCUUCACGAACAGUCAAAUGCAUAG